CAAACUGCAAGGAUGUUCCGACGCCUUCUCUUGCAAAUGACAACCGCCGACUGUACCCAUCGCCAACCAAGCCGGGCGGAAAUGUUGGCUACGCUGCUGCUGCGACCAGACACGGACGCUCUCUGCUGGAGCCCUCUCGUCGUGAUAGGAGUAGCAGAGGCUCCACCUUGGCAUCAGCGAGCUGCUGCUGUUGAUGCCAACUGUGUGGAGGACCGCACAGGUGGCGGCACAGAGCCCAUGGAGGGUGAAGGAGCAGCAUCAACCUCUCAUCCUCGACUCGCGUCGGUGGUGAGUGGUAUUAAAACCCGGUGCUGGCCCUCCUCUAGGUCGACUCAGGCUUGAUAAGUAUUAGAAUAAGUAUUAGCUUGUGGUGUCUAAUUGUAGUGACUCUCAGGCAACUUGAACUGUCGAGGUUUAUUUAUUAUUUAGGGCGUUUCACGCAGAUGACUUGGGCCAGGGAUGGCACGCAAGUAGCGACGGCGUGAAGAUAGUCGACCCCCAUCCCACAGCAGCCCCCAACCUCGCCAAACACUUCCAUUAGUUCCCGGCGUGGCCCUCACCACGGCCACGCCCCCUUUCUCGAACCCUCGAGCCCGUUGCCGGACUUACCACGUGGUUCCCCUUCCGUGAUUACCCCUCGUGACCACUGCGCCACGUGCUGCACCCGCACCAGUCUGCACCCCUGCACUGCCUCUGCGUAAUGAAUGUGGCGCCUAUUCUGUGUUGGCGAGCCGGCUAACGAGAGGUCGUUGUUGGUUAUAUCGGCGCGGUUGCUGAGCACUGGGCCCUAGAGGCUAGAAACGGCAGGCGGGCAGCAACAAACAGCACGUUUGGCAAUGUGGAAAACCCCGCCGAUGUUGAGAAGUGAAACUGGAGCGAACACAACAACAGAGACAUCGAUUUUCGGAAACCAAAAUGUACCCCUCCCACCACCAAAUCUCAACACUCCCCCCCCCGCCCCCCAGCGAGUGCAGUCAGCAUUAAAGUAUUAGAGUUGAAUGAAUGCGACUCGCUCCGCAGUUCGUCGAGGUGGAGUCGAGCUGAUGGCAGCGAUGAUGGCUGUGGUGAUGACGGUUAUGAUGACUCUCGGGAGCCAUUUCUUUGUGCAGCUGCUCCUGCUCCUGGUGAAUACUGCUUCAGCCCAGCAGCAGCACCUGUGGGUGCGCCCGGGCGACAAGGCGACCCUGCCGUGCGGUGGGGGCCUCGGCGAGGGCUCCCCGUUCCUCACCCAGUGGAGACGCCAGAGUGCGGACGGGAGCUGGAGCGUGAUCGCGGCUCGCAGCUCUGGGGACUCGACCCCUCCCCCCAGCUGGUUCUCGUGGGGUGAAGGCGGCUCCAUGGAGCUGCUCGCCGUGGAGGCGGCGAGAGACUCGGGCAGCUACUUGUGCUUCGUCUUGUCCCGCGCAGACUCCAUCCCUGGGGAGGCGGCGCUCAGCCUCUCCGUGUUUGAGUACCCCACCUCCCCCUCGUGUGCCGCGCUCAAGCCGGAAGACGGCGAGGAAGUCGCGGCUGUGAUGGAGGUCACCCUGGAGUGCAGAGGCUCCACCGGGACUCCCCCCGUCUCCUACUCAUGGCAGCGCACAGAUGGGGGGGAGCAGCCGUACAUUUGUAAAUCAGGAUCGAGCGUUUGCGAGCGGUCCGUCUCACCUGCGGAUCGUAACUCCACCUACAUGUGCACGGCGCGGAACCCGGUGGGAGCCGAGUUCUGCCACGUGAUGGUGCACGCCGCGUCCCGGCCAGAGAAACACAUCGAGAGGAGCACGUUCACCAUUGUGGUGACAAUCCUGGCAUUCCUCUUGAUGUUGGCGAUCGUCCUCGCGGUGACACUGUGGUGGCGCGGAGGCCAGGCCGGGAAAUGCUGAGCCCAGCACUCCACCACGCGGCCCUCCUCGCAGACAGACAGACAGACACAGGCAGACAGGCAGACACACAGACAGACAGACGCUCGACCAUUGGCCCGGCAAGAAAAAAAAUAUCCCAAUGAAAACUUCGGGCAAUCGUUUGUGACACGGUGGUGAGACCACGUGUCCCGCUGUGUAUUUGGAGUUUGCGUGUCUCUCUCUCUCCCCGUGGUCGCGUGGAUUGUUCUCUGGGUCCUUCGUGCGUUUAGAGUGUUUGACUGCGAGGGACUUCCACGUGACCAUAAACCGCUUCGUUGAGCUCUCAUUUGUGACAGCCUGGUGGCUUCUGAGAAAGAGCUACAGAGCUCAGUGGGUCUUACCUGGUGAAAUAAAACUCUUAAAGAAAUGUUCGUGACUUACGCUUGGUUAAACCAAAACACAGCCAUAAACAUCCCGGUGAUUUACAGAACUCGCACCGCGUCUCACACACUCGCAGGGCGACGACGCGCGGGUUCGUCCUGUUUGUUUUAUAGAUUAAAGUGCUGUUUGCUUGAA